AUAGUGCAAUAUUGUAAAAGUUAAUUUACCGGGAUAAAAUGUUGAAAAACAUCUGUGUCACACAAUUAAAUUUGCUUAAAAGCGCAACCAGUCUGCAGCAACAAGUGCGGACCACGUUCGUGCUGAAGCGCAAAUAUGAACCGCUGUUACACAAGACCAAUGAGAAACCGCGACGGAUGCGGGCCAAGCACUUUAUCUAUGAGCUGGUGGAGGACACGCUCGUCAAGAAGCGACCCAACUUGGAGGUGGUGCUGAAGACCUUUGUCGAGGGCGUUGGCGACAAGGGCGACGUCGUCUCGAUGAAGCCGCAUUUCGUCUACAACAAAUUGCUGCUGCCAGGCCUGGCUACGUACAAAACGCCGGAGAACAUGGCCAAGUAUGCGAAAACGGAGGCGGAAAAGUCGUCGGUGCAGCACAGCUCAGCGUAUGCCCAGCGCACCGUCAACAUGCUGGAGUCCAUUGUGCUGGCAGUGAUCAUGAACAAGGAUGAGCCCUGGGUGCUGGAGCCGUGGCACAUCAAAGCCUCCCUACGCAAGGCGGGCUUCCAUUGCAAGGAGGAGUGCAUAACGCUGCCCAAGGAGCGUAUCGAGGGACCCGAUCUCAGAAAGGAGAACAAAGAGUUCUGCUGCACCAUAACGAUCAAUAAACUGGAGCAGGCCAAGCUCAGAUGUCGCAUACAUCACUGGAGCACCGAUCCCAGCGAACGUUUACCCUACGUGCUCGAGCAUUGGAAACUGCCAGCUGAGCCCCUGCUGGACGUGGGCUUGCCGGCAGCCGCGGCCACAAACGAAUCCGCAAAGCCUGUUUGAGCCAAUUGUUUAGAAAAU